AUGUCCCUCCAGAUCCCCCACCGGUCACGGCCCAACGGCGACACCCACGGAGCCACCAAGGCUGUCAUUCUGGUUGGCGGUGCAUCUCGUGGCACUCGCUUCCGACCUCUCUCCCUCGAUGUCCCAAAGCCCCUCUUCGAUGUCGCCGGCCACCCCAUCAUAUACCACUGCCUGACCGCCAUCUCCAAAGUCCCCUCUAUACACGAAGUCUACCUCAUUGGCUACUAUGACGAGUCCGUCUUCCGCGACUUCCUCAAGGAUGCCUCCCACGACUUUCCAAACCUGUCCGUCAAGUAUCUGCGCGAGUACCAGGCUCUAGGCACUGCCGGUGGCCUGUACCACUUCCGCGAUGCAAUCCUCAAGGGCAAGCCCGAGCGCCUCUUCGUCCUCAACUCCGACGUCUGCUGCUCCUUCCCCCUCAACGAGAUGCUCAAGCUCUUCACCGAGAAGUACGCCGAGGCCGUCAUCCUAGGCACACGCGUUAGCAGCGAGGCCGCCACGAACUUUGGCUGCAUUGUUAGCGACAACCACACCAAGCGCGUCCUGCACUACGUCGAGAAGCCCGAGGGCCACAUCUCCAACCUCAUCAACUGCGGUGUCUACCUUUUCAGCACAGACGUCAUCUUCCCCUCCAUUAAGAGCGCCAUCAAGCGCCGCGCCGACCGCCCUCGCCUCGCCAGCUACGCCAGCAACGAGAACCUCGAGAGCUCCUUCAUCCUCGACCAGGAUGACGACGACGACGAGAGCAAGAGCCAGAUCAUCCGCCUCGAGCAAGACAUCCUCAGUGACAUGGCCGACAGCAAGCAGUUCUUUGUGUACGAGACCAAGGAUUUUUGGCGCCAGAUCAAGACUGCUGGCUCCGCCGUGCCCGCCAACGCCCUCUACCUGCAGCAGGCUCGCCAGAAUGGCUCCAAGGAGCUUGCUGAGCCCUCCGCCAACAUCAUUCCCCCUGUGUUCAUCCACCCCACGGCCCACGUCGACCCCACGGCCAAGCUCGGCCCCAACGUCUCCAUCGGCCCUCGGGCUACUGUCGGUCGUGGCACUCGUGUCAAGGAGUCCAUCGUCCUGGAGGACGCCGAGAUCAAGCACGAUGCCUGCGUUAUGUACUCGAUCGUGGGCUGGGGCUGCAAGGUCGGCGCCUGGGCCCGUGUCGAGGGUACGCCCCUGCCGCUGACCAGCCACACAACCAGCAUCGUCAAGAACGGCGUCAAGGUCCAGUCGGUGACCAUCCUGGGCAAGGAGUGCGGUGUCCGCGACGAAAUUCGCGUGCAGAACUGUGUUUGCCUGCCUUAUAAGGAGCUGAAGCGGGAUGUUUCGAGCGAGGUCAUUAUGUAA